CCGACAAGCACCCGAGCUAAACGCGAGCAAUACCUGCAAUAUUUUUAAUCAUAACAAUCAGCUGAUGUGUCGAAAAUUCGAAUUUAUUUUUUACCUAAAUAAUUAUUUACCCCCCCUGUUAUUUAAACUCACUUACCCAAUAAUUCUGCUCAUUAAAAAAGUGACUGAUUGUCAAAGUGAUUUUUUUUCGUAAGAUUCAUUUUUUCUAAACAUAUUUGAAUACUCGAGUAAGGUUACAAGACUAGUUGAAUGACAGUAUCAAAAAAUGCCGGGAAAAAUAAAAGUAAAGAUACUGGCAGGAAGAAACCUACCAGUUAUGGACAGAUCUGGCGACACCACAGAUGCUUACGUCGAAAUAAAGUUUGGUAAUACCACGUACAAAACUGAUGUCUGCAGAAAGUCAUUGAACCCUCAGUGGAACACCGAGUGGUACAGGUUUGAAGUUGAUGACGCGGAGUUGCAAGACGAGCCGCUGCAAAUAAAGCUCAUGGAUCAUGAUACUUAUUCAGCAAAUGACUCUAUUGGCCGAGUGUAUCUCAAUUUGAAUCCGCUGUUGCUACCAGGACACCCAUUGACAAUCAAAAACAUAUGGACACUAGAGGCUACUAUGAAUACUAGUGUCGGUGCUCAAGGAGGUUCUGUUAUGACUGGAUGGAUACCAGUCUAUGACACAAUGCACGGGAUCAGAGGGGAAGUCAAUAUCAUCGUAAAGGUUGAACUAUUUUCUGAUUUCAAUAAAUUCAAGCAGUCGUCCUGCGGAAUUCAGUUCUUCUAUUCGCCAAAUGUACCGCAUGGAUACCAUGCCCAAGUGAUUCAUGGGUUCGUCGAAGAGUUGGUGGUCACAGAUGACCCGGAGUAUAAAUGGAUUGAUAAAAUUCGUACUCCUAGAGCAUCCAAUGAGGCGAGACAGACUUUAUUUUUUAAACUCAGUGGUGAAGUUCAAAGAAAGAUAGGAUUAAAGGCCAUGGAUCUCGGUGGGAAUGCCGUAAUUGGGUAUGUACAGAAUUUUGAUCUAGAAGGAGAAUCUGGAAUCGUUGCUCGUGGAAUUGGAACUGCGGUGACGUUAAUAAAAGUUCAGGAUAUCACUCAGUCGUUAUUCGAAACUCCAACCAUCGAUGACCUCGCGUGUGUGCAACUUAAAAGUCAUGUAGAAUUUUCCGAGAGUGACGAUAAUUUGCCUUUACUUUCUUCCUCACCUAGUCGUAGCCCCAUAAAUCCUCCGAAUCCCCCAAACAUAAAACUCCAGAUGACUCAUGUAGGUAAUAAAUUUCCCAAGAGUGACCGCGAGCGUGAUAAAGUGUCAGCUUACUCACGGCCGACUGUUAAAGUAUCAGAAUUCACAGCAAGCGCGAUAAGAAUGCGGCAAAUGUCUUUGCAACAUAGUCCAGUACCGAGUGUACGUAAGACUAGUUCAGUUGCAUUAAGUCAAUCAUUGUCUGAUGACUUGAUAACAGAAUCAUCAAUAAAAAUGAUGCUGGCAUUGGAGGACAUGCGUGGCGAGAGCACGUCUGUAUUUUCUCGCGGGUUAAAGAAUUUAAAAUACCUGCCCAAGCGGGUGAUACAAAUGAAAAGCAAGCUCUCGGAUUCCCUUGAUGAUGAGAGUGAUCAAGACAGCACGUACUCCAGCACUUGGUCUAUCGUGGGGUCUGAUUCCGGGCGGUCUUCGAUCACCGAUUUCAGACAGUCGAUAAGACGUAAAAAAUUUACUCACAAAAAAAAUCUGUCUGAAGGCAGCAUGGCCGCUAUGUUGAUUCGGUCAGUCCACGCAGGAUUUCCUCUCGAUAGUGUCAGAGAAGACCACGAAACUCCUACUCCGUCACCAGUUAACUUGUUAACCAAAGACGUUGAUAGUCCUGCUGAAUCUCCGGAGGGUCUGGAUGAAGUUAAAUCUGCUGAAAAGUUAAAGCCAGAUGAAAAAGAACAAGAGACGGCUGUAAGUGAGUUCGAUAAAGUAAAGAAAAAAAAAUCUUUCAAAUAUAAGAAACGCAGACCGAUGUUGUCGUCGUCUGAAACAGAUACUUCGACGUCUGAAGACGAUGACCCUUCGGAGUCUAGUACUAAUUAUAAUAUUCUUGAUGACUCCCCUGUUACUGAAACUGUUGGGGUUAAAAAUAUUGAAGUUGAAUUGGAAAAUACUUUGAAGGGUACUGAAACUGAGAAAAUAUUUGAUUUUACUACAAAGGAGCAAGAGAAAGGAGACGGGAUUAUUGAUCAAGUUAAAGAUGAUAAAGAUAUUGUAAAGUUGAACAAAGAACGCGAAGAUUCGAUGCCAGAGGGAUUGAUACUCGAUUACGAUGGGCCUGGAGCUUUUACUCCUUUGACAGCAUCAGCGCCUUCGACUCCUGAACCAGAAUUUGUUGAUAGUAUUCCCAAGUAUACUAUUCUUACAAAAGAGCACACGCCGACCAUGUUGAAAACUUCGCCGAGUUUUAAAUUGAAGCUUUUGGGCAAGCAAAAACAUUUUGAUUCCACGGAAAGUGUGCAAAUUAUUUCAGCGGGUAAUAAAAGCGAGUCUAUUUUACCUGCUCCUGAGUCAUUUGCAUCAGUCGAACCUUACAUGGAAGCUUUACUGCAGCCUCUGAUUGAUCCAGAUUCGGACAGUGAAACUGACACUUCUCUGAUAAAAUCCAGAGAUAUCUCAGCUGUUGAAUCCAUUGAGAAAAAUAAUAAUGAAAUUCCUAACGCUGCUGAAAAGUCUGUCGUCAUCGAUAUGCCAAAUGAUAAUGAACUCAGCAGUCCAGUUACUGAUAAACUAAAACUUGAAGAAGAAAAAAUAAAUUCCCAACCUGAACUGGAAGUAAUCAAUAAUAAACUGGAACUUGAACCCAAACCUAAGCCUAAACUUGAAAUUAAAAUAAUAAAUCCUGAAGCAAAGUUUGAAGAAAUAAUAAUGAGUCCAUUACCUAGUCCUUUACCUUACAAAAAAUAUUUAGUUAACUCGAGAUCGUUAGACUCAAAGGAACCUUGCGAAAAAAAAGAAAAAGUAUCAAAGAAAGUAUCGAGAACAGAAACAGUAAUUUAUCGCGGACCACCGAAAGAAAAAGAAAAAUCACAUGUGGAACCUAAAACUCCAGUAGAUGAAAUAAUAAAAAAAUCUUCUAUAUCAUCGCUCGUGAUAAACCCACCGGUAAUAGUAUCAGCAUGCGACCCAAAUCAUCUCCAGGUACCGAUGUUUGAGACCAAAGACAUCAACGUCCGCAGUCCGUAUCCCCACGACCAGGUUUUUAAAUUCGAGACCCAAGUUCCCGAAGUAUUUAUGGCGCAAUUUAAUGAAAAAUUUUAUCAAAAGUUUCGUCAUCGCGCGAUGCUCGACUUGAUUAAAAUAAUAGACACUAAAAUGAUGGUCCAUCAUCACCAUCACGACCGCAGAGACUCGACGAAGAGCAAAAGGCGUCGUCGCGACCGGGUCAAUUUCACGUCAACUCCCUCGCCCGACUCGAUCCGCAAAUCUAAAGCCCAUCGGCUCUCAUCGAGGUCCCGGUCUCCCGAGCAGCAUCACCACCAUCAUCACCACCACCACCAUCACCAUCAUUCGCAUCACAAUCACCACAAUCACCACAGCCACUUGACCACGAUCCACGGCAGCCACUCAGCCGCUCACAUCUCCACCAUGUCAUCACCUCCCUCAAGUCCUUCAAUAGUUUCCCUUAAAAAAACUGCCUCAUUUUUCGAGCUUCACGAUAACUUGCCGCGUAUUAACAAUCCUCAGUGCUUGACUGACAGUAACAAUCAACCGGUACGCACUUAUUCGAAAGACAAAUUAAUACCGCAGACAAUUAUCGAGAAUUUAGAGGAACAAAUGCACGAAAAUCUCCAGCAGUCGCAACAUAAAAUAGCAGCUAAACAAUUUCCUAGCAGCAAUAAAAUUCAAAUAAUAAUUCCUAACCCAAAUGAAAUAGAGUCCAUACCGAUGGAAAUAAUUCCACCAAAGAGCCAGCAAUCAAAUGUUAGCAUGAAUAAGUUACUAAGUCCUGAAGAAAUAGAUCCAUCUGUUCAUAAAAGCCACAGCGAAGGUAGUCUAGGAAAAUUGAGUAAUAAAAAUCAUUUGCCAGUUACUAAAAUUACUAACAAUGCUAAUUUAACUGACCCGUGUGUGCCUUGCCCGCCUGUCUGUCUUAGACCAGCACAGCUGGAGAUCGAACCGGCAACAAGUCCCGUCCAUGGGGCAUCAGGACUUCCUGGGUCUGUUGGCACUAAAGUCACCAACUCACCGGCUGGAAAAAUUCCACUCCAUCGACGCUCCAGCGACUCUGACCUCAGCAUUACUCCUAAAGGAUUUUGUAAAUUCUUUCACAAACGUAAUUCAUUGGUCUGCAAUGACAAAACAACUGUUCAUAUGAAACCCUCGACUGCGAUCGUCAGAACAAUGAAUCAAGAUGCCUUGGAGAUGCUGGAGUAUCCAUUUAUUACUAUGCAACAUUAUCCCCCGGGUUUUGUAUUGAAUUUAGGGGGAUUAGUUAGUGCAAGAUCUGUAAAAUUAAUUGAUAGAAUAAGUAAUCUUGAAGAACCAGAAGGUCGCGAUGCUUGGUGGACGGAAAUAAGAAUGGAAGUACGAUCUCAUGCUCGUGCUUUAGGCUGCAAUGUUGUCCUGGGUUACAAAGAAGAAAUUAGUAUAUGUGAUGACGUGUGUGUUUUAAAUGCUUCUGGAACUGCCGCAGUGAUAAAUUUGCUCAAUACAAACCAAGAUCAAGAGAUUUUGCUCAACAAAAGCCAACAGCCAAUCACAAACACUGGGGAAGUUGAAAAAAAUAUGCACAAAUCUGUGUCGACAAAUAAAAAUGAAAAAAUAGAUGACUGUGUGAGUAACGGACAACAAAUACAAACAACCGGUCGUGUAAAACGUAUUUCCGAGAGCAAUGAUCAUGAAAUGCCGUCUAUGACGUUUCACAGCGCAUGCAGUCUGUGUCAUUUACCUUACAACAGUCGCAGUCUACCUCUCAAAGUUCAAAUGUCAAAGUGCGGUAUUUGCAAGCGCGCCAAAGUCCCUGACGUAUUGUUUACAACAAUAGAAUUGCCUGAGAACAUUCCGAUUACCGGAAGAGGUGUAUUUAUAGAAGCAACUGUUUGUAAAAUAAAACGGGAUGUUAGGGGUGAAUUGAAUGCUAAAGAAAUUUCUGACUGUUUGCCAUUUUUAGAGUAUGAAUUGCACAGUUUACUGAUUAAUAAACUAAAAUUGAAAGGGAUGAAUGCCGUUUUCGGCUUAAAAGUCCAAGUUGACAUUGGGGAGCGGCUCGUAAUCGGUGUGGCGAUUGGUACUGCAGUUUUCUUAACUGCAUUGCCUAGUCCGCAGGUGCCGCAAAUUGCAUCGGGUAAUUCCUGGCACAAAGAAGAACAAGUUGUAGAAAUGCAAAAAGCGUUAAUUGAAACCGCUAAAAAAAACCGUGAAAUUUAUCGUCUUAAGCCGUUAAUCGAUUUAGAAAAUGGAAGAUCAGUAGGAACAUCUGAUACUGAUGAAUCGGAAGAUGAAUUACCAGACUUUGAUUUGGGUACAAAAGACGCGUGUAUUCUUGAGAUAGAUGACGUUGAAGAUAUGGAUCGCAUUAAUUUACUGAUAGAAGAGAGUGCCCCAGAAGGAUUCAAUGUCGUUAAUAUUCAAACUAUUCCCGGACUAGAAGACUUAGAAAUAGUAAGAAAUUUACAAAUGUUUACACAAAUUUCGCGGACUAGGAUACCAAACACCCAGUUGACUUCCAUGCCGUCGACGCACUUAAACAAAAUUCUCCGAACGAUAUUUUUUAAAUUGCGGCGCAUGGUACCCUGUGCUUUGUGUGACCUGCAAUUCAAAGUAGCCAUCGCUGAGCAAGACGAACUCCAAAUUUCAGUCGUCGGAAUGGCUCUAGGUCUCGGCGAGCCGGUUAAAAUAAAUAAAUACAAGCGUAAAGCAAUCAACAGCUCAACCAGCCGUGAUUUAUUAACCAAAAAUGACGACUUGAUAUUUAAUCUCGACGAAGACCAGGCAGAGAACGCAAACUCUGAUUCGCCUGCCAACCAAUUAAUUACACCGGGGGUAGUUUCGUCACCAGUAGCCAAUCAAGCACAAAAAUCAAGAUCCAGGUCACCGUUCAGAACCAGAGUGCCCAGCCAACAUCGACAUAAACAUGUUCCUUUAAAGGAAAGAUACGGAGUAGACAUAACGCCUUUGUCUUACCUUCCGGGCGGGAGGAUUGAGCGGUACUUAGGAAAUUUAAAUUUCUUCUUCAUCAGAGAAAGUACGUCAAUCAGAGAGAACGGCGGACUAAGUGGGUUCACUCAUAGUUUUAUAACCGAAGUAUUGGCAAUUGUUCGCGCUCAUAUUACAGCAUUGGGUGGCAAUGCCAUGGUCGCCUUCUUCAUGACGCAAUGCGUACUCCUGCACAGCCCACACAAGAAUCAAGGACAAUGUUUAAUCAACGUGGGUGGAGAUGUUGUAUCAGUUUCAUACUUCGGUGACGAAAAACACAAUCAGAACUGCUGACAACACCCACCCUACUCGGCACCGCCGUAACUUUUGGUAGUUUAGCUCUCCCUUAAACUCUAUUGAGAUAAUAAUAAUUAAUAUUAAAUUAUUAAAUUCGCAAAAAAUUAUAAUUCCUCAUUAAUUACUAUUGUCAGGUAAAUUUUAAUGAUCAUUAAUCCAAUUAACGGCAAUCGAAAAUCUAAGCCGCAAAAAAAGUCAUGGGAAAAAAAGGUUCACUAAAAAAUUCUUUUUCAUUUUUAAUUUUUACAUAAAGUAAUUAAGUACUAGAAUAAUCGUAAAUGUGAUUGCAAUCCAUGACAAUAGAUGAAGUGAAAUUAUUUCGAUAGUAAUUAAUAAUUCUAGUCGCGUUGAUUAAUUAAUAAGUGGUUGGUUAAUAAGUUAUUAAAUGCCAUUAAAUUAUAGAUAUUUAAUUUAUUUAUUUAAAAAUGAUAUCUCUUUAAAAAUUUUUUAUAUAAUUGUAACGUUGAUAUUUUAUUUAAUCACGUCAAAGUCUUUUCGUUCAUUUAUUUGAUAGUGACAAAUUUAAUUUAUUUUUUAUUAAAAAAAAAAUAGAAUGAAAGUGACUCGAAAAUAAAUAUCAAUUUGUAAAUAAAAUCAAAAAUCGUAUUAUAAAUAAGGUGUUACAUAGAUACUGUGAUUUAUUAGUGCAAUAUAAAAUUUUGUGACACUUGCACAGAAAAUGGUUACACCAUAAAAGAUCCGAGGUCAUUUUAUUCGCGACUAAUUAUCCGGAUUUGUCUUUUUUUCGGCUAUUUAAUUACAGCCGAACUCUAUUAACUCGAAUUGUUAUUCUGCGGAGGGGCAGAAAUUUCAAGAAAUUUCUGAAUUAAUGGAUACCCUUUCUCUCUUAAUAAGUAAACUAUACGCAUGCGCUCUUACAUCUACAUUAAUAUUAUUAAUGUACAUUUAGCGCGCGGAUAAUAUGAACAUGGAUCUUUUAACGUGAUCAAAAAAAAAAUCUUACGUUGCCAAUUUGUAUAUAUAUAUGCCAAUGUAAUUAGCAAUAUAGUGAUUAGUAUGGGUAUGAAAAAAUA